AGACUUCCUAGGCACAAUGGCAAAGUCAGGCCAUCUUCAGCUCUUGGGUCGGCGCCAUCCUGCCAAUCAGCGGAAGACCAUAUUGUACCCAACCCCCAUGUUGGCCAGAAUUCCUGGUGGACCCUCCUUACCUAUACCCUACCCUCCGACUCCGACUGCUUUCCCUGGACCAUCGCCGCCGUGAGAAAGCUCUCCCAUCCGGUACUAAACACAUAACAUUUGACAAUUCCUGCACCGCGCCCAGGCUCUCUCAAAGCCCACCAGCCUACAGGGCAUUAUAUACGACCACAACCUUGGUCGGCGUUGAUGUCUGAUGGAAUUGUCACAUUCAUAAAAGCGUUGUCGCCUACCCGGAGGUAGACCGUAGCCCGUGCCCGCCAUCGUACCGGACUGAACCCGAAUCAGACCACUGAUGAACUUGAUCGACAAGGUGCUAUCAAGCUUUUAUCACAGCUUCUUGCCCCAUCGUGCACUUGAGCCAUAUCUACCUAAUGCAAAGUAAUAUUUGCAUUUCAACAACUUCAACAUUUGCCAACCUGGUUCGACAGCCGCGAAUUGCGCUGUCCCAUGCUCCUCGUCGCAUUGCAAAGUACGGGAUUGCAUCUUGGUACAUUCGACGGCCUUGGCACCGAGAAACUCAAUCUGGCUGAGUGCGAACCAACUGCUUGCAACAUACGGAAGCUGGCCUAAGCUAUCGGGAACAUCUACCCAGUAGUUACACGAUUUCCGCAGCUUUGAAUUGGCACGACUUGUUGGGGGAUAUUGGUAUACCAUCUCUCGAAACUGAAUCCGGUCCGUCGCAUACCAAGGUGCGACUCACCACAUCCUGAUUUCGAAGUGACAUAGCUCUACGGAGCGUCAGUGAGGACGGGUUGCUUUUAUAACUACAACGAGCUAGGGGUGGACGACAAUAUGGACCCGAACCUUUUAAGGCACAUGGAGUACUUCACGGUGCCCAACGCCCAGACGAGAAAUGCGGCGGAACGCGCUGCGAAUUUGACCCGUUCGAGCGGCACUGGCCAGCCAUACCCGUUAUGGAACCCCUCGACCCUUGGAGCCGACAUUGACUUCUCUUUCAACCCGGAAGGACUGGGAGGCAUGGGAUUCGGAGCUUUCGAACAACCUCAGGAUCAAAACAAUAGCAGUACCGCAUUCGAGCCCCCACAGCGGCAGCGCUCAAUAUACACUCAAGGGCCAAGGACUCUAGUUCCAACCCGAACGCCGAAACCACCAUCUCGAGAGAAGCCGGAGAGGAAGCGUUCAAAAUUGAGCACUGAUUCAACACCGUUUGACUCGGUGGAUUAUUGGCUUCAGUUUGACAACGAAGGGACAAUCCCCGAGGAGACGAGCGCAGAGGCCGGCGCGACCACUCAGGGCGAGCCGUCCGCCGAGUCCAAGGUACAGGAGCCUGAGCCUCAGAGAUCCCACAAACAAAAACAACAAGGCGAAGCGCGAGCUGCGUCUCAACAAGGUUCAAGAACAGCCCAACUGAAAGUGGAGGAUUCUCUUGACGAUAGUGCACUGGAAAAUGCGCUUUCUGACGAUGAGCAAACAUUUGCUUCGAUCAGUCUGGCGGAGCAGCUUUCGAAAAUCGAUUCAACUGCGCCCACCGAAAUCCCUCAACGAGAAAGUCUUUUCUCAACUCCCUUGAGCUGGGAACGGCCACAGCCGGGCUUGAGAAUGGACUCUGUAAUGAGCACACAAUCGAGGAGCACUCUGGAUCAAGCCGAACAACGGCGCCUCAUAGCAAUAGCGAUGAACCGUGGGACAACUUCUGGUGGACUCGGUUCGAGUAUGGCUGAUCAGUAUUCCCAGUUUCAGACUGAUUUUGGGUCAGCUAUGAGUGAUUUUGGCUUAGGAACUGCAUCAAUGAGCCAGCUGCUCAACAUGCCGCCGCCAAACACUGUGCCACCUAAACAGCCCCAACCACAACGGCUAGACAAAGGGAAGGAGAAGGCUGGUCCCAAGGGCGACCGGACUGCACAUAACGAUAUCGAGCGCAAAUAUCGCACAAAUCUGAAGGACAAAAUUUCGGAAUUGAGAGAUGCCGUUCCUGCGUUGCGGACAAUUCCAGAGAACGAAGAGGAUGGCGAGGAUGCGGGCCAGCCCUCACGCGGUCCUAAAGUCAGCAAGGGUGCCGUUCUUACCAAAGCCACCGAGUAUAUCCAUUACCUGGAGAAGAAGAAUAAGAUGAUUGUUCAACAACAUCAAGAGCUCUCGAAACGACUGCAAGCCUUUGAGCAACUUCUUAGUGCCACUGCUCGUCCUACAUAUCAAAUGCCGAAUUAUAGCAGGACACUGUUCGACCCGAGAGCUUUCUGCUGAUUUUCUUUCGUUGCUUAGACGAAGAGGAGCGUAUUUAUUCAAUGUAAAUAUUUCUUAUACGGCAAUCGCUACUCUUUGCAUGAGAUACGACCAACUACAGAAGAACAACGAGAUUACCAAAAUAGAUAGAUCUGCUUCCUGCUCUCUUUUUUGCGGCUGCCUGUUGCGAUUACCCGAGGUUGAUGAAACAGACAUUGAUGCCGUUAUUAGGGGUCGCAGUAGGGUCAAAAAGGCUAGAAUCUCGGGUCGGAUAAAAUGAGACCUAAAAUAGUACAAAGAUUUUACAUUCUCUGGCUAUGAAUAAUUUACAGGGCUCAGUGAUAAGCAG